UUCACCAUCUGGGCUCGGCUCGGGCGCUGGCUCAGGUUCAGGUUCGGGCUCAGGCUCAGGGGCCCUUGCCAUCAACUCGUCCUCAUUGUCACGCUUCGGAUACUCUGGAUUUGCGAUCAGCGAGUGCUCGCCGUCGGCAAAUGAGACUGACGGUUUUGGCUACUGCAGCAAUUUCCAUCGGUCUCUUCGUCGCCUGGACUUGGUUCUGGGGCGGGAACGGGCUCUGGAGCCGGCUCCGGAGCAGGUGCUCUGACUAGAAUUGCAUGUCGAAUAGCGGCCAUAAGGUCGCGUUUGGGUUGGUUAUACCCUAACACCAAUCAGCUGGUUUGAAGGCACUUUGGAAGAUGUCUUACCACUCUGGCCGCUGCAGCAAUUUCCGCGCUCAUCGAGUUCCAAAGGAAAGCUGUGUCCUGUCUGAACGACGAUGGCGGCCACUGCCACAAAAACAGGGAGAAACUUCAUAUUGAAUACAGUACACAGCGAGCAGAAGCUGAUGCGUGACGGAGAAGAAAAGCUUGAGGAUGUGUUUGUCCAAGUGCUUGAAUGCAAAAGCCGAGGCCUGAAGGUGAAGCAAUGCCUGAGGAUGUAUCUUUCAAAAUCAACUCCUGAGGGCCAAAGCUAUGCUUUUAUAGCCUGACCGACUGCAGUGGCGGGAGGGUCCUCAUGCUCAACCAAACCUUACGAGUUUUGAUGUUCACCCUGCUUUCCGGAUAUCGAUAACGGAUUACUCGUGCCUAAUUCGAGUUUCAACACACGCAUACUGCACGCCGCUUGACCAUCACUCCCAAGUUUUCUUCCUUCAAGGCCUUUCUCCGCCGGCCCGGAGGUUAUCACAACGCGAAUACGGCUACUGACUGGAGGUGAUUGAAUCCUUCGGUCUUGUCUAACAGGUUUUCGUUGUUCAGAGGAUGCAUUGUUACCGUCCGUCAGCGCAGGAUCGUCAAUCGGUCAUCUGUUAUAUCUCCAAAAAUGGACAGCUUGUUGCAGGGCGACUGACUUUCCCGUCGGACUGAUCACCAUAACAACACUGCAGCUGGGUGUAACAUCGGGGUAUUACAGGAACAAACCAGCACGUUUGAUAGAGGUCGAAUCUGGUUCGCACGUCCUCAUACUCCCAGCGUCGAAGGAUUUGAUCUACAACCGCGUUCAGCCAGUCGACAACAUCUUGACAGACACAGCUGGUUAUGCCGAUCUAUUAAGCCACUACAGACCCCGGCCUUCAACUUCGCGAUGAUCAAUGAUAGACACAAGUGGGCUCUUCGGCUCAUUCGAGUUUCAGAGACUUGGUCGCACCCUGUGCGCGUUAUCCCCUGAAUCGUGGAUUGCCCCGGCAUUGCCAUAGUCACGAGAGACUUGAUAUUGGUUCGUAAUCACGUGAUGACUAGGAACGAACUCUACUCCACGUCUUUGCAGCUCGACAGAUCAUCAGUCCCACUUGAUUUCUCCUGUUUGGGAAAACGGAAGCGAGGGUAGGUCUCGGUCCUGGUAAAUAUGAUCUUUGCUGUAGGUGCAAACUUGUUUUCUUCCUAGGAUCUGGACGUCUCAGCCUCCUGCAUCAUGCAUUCCUUCGCGCCCAGGGUGGAGAGUUCAAAGUCCAAAUGAGAACGACCAACGACAUAUCAAAUGCGGAGAGGACAUCAGAAAGUGUUCUAUCGUCCCCGUGGCCUGAUUCUUUGGCCUGCGAGGUUUCAACGUCAUUUUAGAGCAGGGAAUGCCUGUUCUGGAACGAGUAUUUUUUCAGGACGGCUGAUGGAGGAAGUGGAGAUCCCACUCACGAAACACUCAAGCCUUGGGAAACAUUAGCUUGAGCUUUCAGCAAAGAGUCUAUUGUCGCAUAGGCGGUCCUCAAAGCGCAAUCUGGAUACUCGUUCAUGAGUAGGCGAGUUCAAACGGACAGAUCAUGGAUUCUCGCCCAUUCGAAGAUUUCGAGUCUGCUCCUACAUGGAGAUUACUGAGGAAAUCAGAGUGCACAGAGCAAGCACCCGCGCCAUGGUCGCCAAAGAAGGAGCCACGAACCGCCAAAGUUAUGCUGGUGGGCUUCGCCCUUGUUUUGAGCCUUUUGGCAGCCUUCGUCGCCGGGUAUCAUUCAAGGCGCCUCAAGGACGAUUGCAUCAGGCUUCAGUCAUCUUGGUCGCCAGGUUUGGACGCCGUGCGCGAGUUCAAGACCGUACAAUUCAACGGCUCACUUGGGUAUCCUUCGCCUUGGACGGCGGAACCUUCUGAUGAGGUAGAUGAUCUGUGGGAUCACUUUGUCUAUCGGGCUCCAAUGAGUAUUUCUGAGGAAGAGUUUGCGCGUCUCGAUGUCGAGUCGAAGGCUUUGGUCCGUUUCCCACCCGAACUGGGAGGCGGAAUCUGGGCAGACUUGGAGAUGGACCAUCAGUUGCACUGUCUGGAUCUUCUCCGAAAGCAUACGCACCUGAAAUACUACGAGUCCAAAGACAUUUCUUUCGUCAAUCAAUCAAAUAUAAUCCGCGCACACCUCGACCACUGUAUCAACAUUCUCCGUCAGAACAUCCUCUGCCACGCCGACACAACCCUCCUGACCUACAACUGGAUCAAGGGCUACGACUCGCCGUACCCCAACUUCAACAACUGGCACGUUUGUCGGGACUGGGAGGCCAUCGACCACUGGGCUGACUCUGUGGCACUUCCGAAGGACAAGAUGGUGGAGUGGGGCAUGAAGAAGUGGGACAAGAAUGCAGAAGAGUUGGACCCGCCUGAGAGUAUGCUCGAGCAGACACGGAGGAAUCGUGUCGAUGAAUGUGUCAGGCUGGGUGGGAGGAGAGAGGAAUGUGAGGAGAGGAUUGGCACGGGUGAGCUCUAGGAUCAGGGUUGUGCGUUAAGGAAGAUCCGAAGGAAUACCUGGUCCGGAGACUUAGGGAAAGGGAGGUGACCUUAUACCUGCAAAGACAUGUCAGCUGUAGAUCGCUUUAUGCAGAGCUCAGAAUUGAGAAAGAAGUAGUGACAAGCGGCGACUGUGAUCAGUGGAUACUUGGAUACUCCCUGGCUGGGGACUACACGCUUGACUGCUGGGAGCCAG